AUGAUUGGAAAGUUAACGAAAAAAUUCAAAGUUAUCCAUUCUAUAAGGCCAAAAUUGACUUUGAUUCCCAAAAAACGGAUCAAAUAUGAAAGAGACAACACCCCGCAAAGAUGGUCUAGAAGAAUAAGGUCUCUGCCGCCGAUUCCCUUUGAUGUCUUAAGUCCUACCAGAAAAGUUAAAAAAAUAAAAUCGGAACCUGCAGAUGAAACGGAUAAAGUGAAAUGUUCUAAAUCAUUCCAAAAGAGAAAAUUUGUAGACAGUUCUACUCUAAGAAGAGAACAUUUAUUCCAAAAACGUGGAUCUCUGUUUGACAAUGACUCAAUUGAAAUUGUUAGAAUUAUUCCAGUUGUGGUUCACGUGAAACGAAAUAAAGCACAGCUUAGAUCAAUCUCAGAUGAGACUGAAAUCAAAGUGCAGGAUAGAAGUUCAAAUAAAUUAUCUAAAAGUUUAAACAGCUGUACAUUUCAUGAACGAUUUAAAGAAGAAUGUUCAGAUUUAGAGAAAAGAUGGUCUCGCCGACUUAAAAGUAUGCCCUUUUUUGGAAAAUAA